AAUACAGCGCGGCAAGGUUAAAUGAAUUAAGGCAGGACAAGAUAAUGUCUAUGUGGAAACAUAUAGAUUUAUAUUAAAUAAGGAAAGUCAAAGUUCGAAUGGAAUAAUGUAAGGAAUUUCAGUCAAUUGGUGAAUGUGGUGCAUCUUAUAUAAAACUUAUUUGUCCCAAUCUAUGUAUAUUGCUAAUAACGCGAUUAUUGACUUCAAACUUUUCAAGUUACCGGAACUUUAUAAGCUUAGACAAUUGAUUUAACGUACCUUCACAAAAUGUAUUCCAACCGAGUCAGAAAACAGUACCUAACUAGGUGACCACAGGUCCUAAAUUUCGCAAAAAAAUACUGCCUCGACAGACGAUGGCACUAAUUUGCAUGAGAGGGCUUAAUUUGCAUUAACUUGCGCAUUUGAUCCAUGUUGAUGCACAAAAAAUUCGUGCAUUUAGCUGAAUUUACCAAAUUUGAGUAGACAACACUGCCCACAAAUGGCCGAUUUUUGCUAUUGUGAGUGAUGAUUGAUUAAAAGAGGAAGAAAAAAACGUAAAUAGUAGAUUUGAGGAAAGCAUCAGAGAUGGCAGGUAAUAAACAACGCAAAGCUUGGAUGAACCGCGACGAAAGUGUUUUGAUUGAUUUGUGGCGUGAACGAGCUGGAGAUUUGCGACGUGUUAAGGGCAAUUCGCAAAUCUAUGCUGAUAUAUCCGUACAAAUGGCACAUAAAUUUACACCAAAAGAAGUGCAUGUUAAAAUACGGAACCUUACACAAAAAUAUAGAGAGGAAAGGAAAAAAGUUGGGUCCUCGGGAGGCAGCCCAUCGGGGUGGAAGCUUUUUGAUGCAGUCCAUCAAAUAAUCGAACUGGCGGCAGGCAAUGUUACAGAAACCUGUGAAUCGUUUACUGUGUCAUCUAUACCUACAGCAUCACCAGUAUCUGUAGUGCCGGUAUCUGAACUGCUUUGUGCGCCAUUAAUGGCAUCGACAAGCUCGGCAUCACUGUCGCCACUGGAUAGCUCAAUAUCAGCAGUUGGUACAUCUAGAAAGAGGAAUUAUAAGGGUGAAAUACUAAAAGUGGCAAAAGAGCAAAAUGAAUUGCUGAAAACGGUGGUAGAGGAUGGGAAAAAAUUAACUGAAAGAGUCGUUAAUGCUAUCGAACUACAAAGUAACAAUACCAAAGAGUUCAUAGACAUAAUGAAAAUUCUAUUAGAAAAAAUUAAAAAAAAAACAUAAAAUUAAAAAUAAAUGUUAUACUGUCAAAUAUUAUGUAUAAUUA